UUUGACACUUGGGCUACGCGAACCGGUAAAAUCACAACACAACAACAACAACACAGCAAACAUCCAUAAACAGAACGCAUGUACGCCUGGGGUGCCAACAGCCAUGCCCAGCUGGGACUGGGCUACGCGACGGAACUAUGUGAAUCCCCGCAACCAUUGACCGGUGUGCCGUUUCGUGCCGGCGAUAUAGAAUGUGUCGCUGCCGGUGGUGGCCAUACGCUUGUAGCGACGGUCGAUGGAAGAUUGUAUGCUUGCGGAUGGAACAACCGAGGCCAGCUUGGUUUGGGACACGUGAAUGACUGUGUCCGGUUCGAGCCCGUCGGUGAGUUCGGGUUCAAGCGGCUGUACGCAGGAUGGGACUCAUCGGCAGGGAUAAGCGCAUCCGGAGACCUGUACGUAUGGGGAUCGAAUGUGUGGCAGCAGAUAGGAGAAGCAGGGGUUAAAAGUAUCCCAACACCCACACGGAUUGAGCUACCGGAAGGUGGACCUGUAGCGAAAGUUACCUUCGGUUUACAGUACAUGGCGGUGCUGAUGGAGAGCGGAAAGGUUUGGGUGUUGGGAAAAUGUAAGUUCCUAGCCGAUUACCCACUGGAAGUUGCAUCGAAGCUAACGAUUCGAUGUCUCUGGGAUAGAAGCUCCGUUCGUGAUGUGGUUAGUGGAGAUAAUCAUUUGGUGCUGCUAACUGGCGACCGUCGGAUCGAAUGCCUUGGCGACAAUAAACACGGCCAAUGGCUAGCUGACAAUAGCAUAUUGGAAGACGUUACAAAGCUUGAAUCUGGAUGGACCCACUCGGGAUGUCUGACCGUGAAUGGGACCGUGCAUCUGUGGGGAAGAAACAAUUACGGACAGCUUGGACGACCGGCCCCGACUGCUAGUUCCUCAGCUCCACAAAAGCUUCAACUAGAAACAGAACAAAUGGAGCUGAACGAUUUUAGUUUGGGAUCCCAGCACGGUGUAGCACUGACACGCGAUGGACGUGUGUACUGUUGGGGCUGGAACGAGCAUGGCAACUGUGGCACGGGAAGCACAGCGAAUGUAUUGGUUCCUACCCCGAUAGACAUCCCCGUGCCGGUGAGGAAGGUGAUCUGCGGUGCUGGUUAUACGAUGGCAUUCACCUAACACACACAUCAUUCAUCUCGCAAUGCAAUCGUUUCCAUCACCCACCAGUGCCAUCGACCCAUUUAUUAACGGGCUGAAAAACAAUGGCAAAGAAAUGGCAAUAAAAACGGGCACAAUUGGAAAAAGAGCCAAAAUAACCCACAAUUAACACGCUUACGGCGAAGGAAAGCAAGGAGCACAAUAGCAACAUGAUCCCAAUGAAUUGUUCCCUUUCUGUGCCUUAAUAGCCCCUGAAACGCCCCUGUUUCUUGAACGAACACCACACCCCGUGUCCACAUUACCGUUUUAUGGUUCAACCGUCCGUGUGUUUGGCGAAUUUUGGAGGAAACGGUGAGCACACACUCGCACACACACAAUAGGCAGAAGAAAAGCCAAUAUAGCAAAUAUUUGGAGAUUUGUUGAUCACUACCACACGGGCUGGUGUGUAUAUUAGGGGUAAUAAUAUUUGAAAAAAAAAAAACUGAUGAUGCCAAUUUUUCAGAAAAAGCACAACAACGGGCACGCCCCCAAAAUUUGACCCGGAGGAAGGCUUGUGCAUUUUCUUUCAUUUUACCUUGCUGGUAAAACUAAAAGUUAGCUAACUCCUUUUUCCGUUUUUCACCUAGAAUGUACCCACUGGAAGAAGCUGGAUGGUUCUGUACCUUUCUGACUACCCGCUAGAAGGUGCUAGAAGUAGGCCUUGGAAUUUUUGCAUACUCCACUCAGUAACAGGUAGCGCGUACCUCUAGGGGUCACCGUGGCGGGUAGGGUGUGCGAAGCGUGUUUUAAAUGCCAGUGUCACGGUGCAGAUCAGCAUCAUUCGUCUUGCGAUCGUUACACGAGCAACAUCAUCAUCUGUCUGUCGGCGUUCCGCUUGGCGUUCUGGUUGUGCUCGUUCAAUCUGCUCGUUUGCCGAUUAGAUGGGCCUUGGAAGCAGUGUCGAAGCCGUGCCAGUGUGUGAUAUAAAGAAAAGUUUGCCGUUAGUUUGUGCAGAGCAGGCGCGUCAGCAGUCCGAUUUAAGCAGUCAACGUGUUCAACCCGCCGCCACAACGAUGACGAAUGGCACUCUCUUUCAACCGCAGUACACGGAGGUGUUUUCCAGCCCCAUGGCAACGAGCACCGUGCCGACCGGUGGUAGUACCGGAUACGUCGAGUACAGCACGGCCCACAGUAACCACUGGCAGACCAUGGAGGCGCCUACCGUUCCGGCGACUUAUCAGCGACAAUCCCGCUCCCGUCAACGGCAUCUGAUGGUGGACUCUCGCCACCACAACUCCUUCGCCGACAGUGAAGCGGUAACGCAAGCGGCCGAUGCGUGCAUCAGUGAUAUACGCCGCGUGGAGGAAAACCUGCGCAUGGAGAGCAGGAUGUUGAAUGAGAACAACAACAUCCCGAUGGCGCGCUGCUCCACGCCGAGUCCGGCGUACUGUUUCCAUUGCGAUCACGACCAUCGGGAGCGUUGCUGUCUGUACGUUGGCGAUACGGCGGAAGAUGGACCGUACUAUUCGCGGUGGAAGCGCGACCUGGAGAAUCCGACCGUGCGGCCGCAGUACAUCCCGAAGAUUCCGGAGGCGGUGUCGGGCAACAGUACACCGUUCUGGUUCCCGGCCUAUACGUACACCAAGCCGGAAGCGAUUAAGCAGAAAAUGAUGGAGAAAAAUCCACCACCGCCAGCCGUUUGGAUGCGCCAGUUUUACUAUCCGGUCGUUGGCUACGGGCAUGAGUAUCAGCUGAUGAAUCAGGCCACCGUGGAACCGCCCACACCUUACCAGCAGUAUCUACAGCAACACCAGCAGGAAGUGUACCGGUUGUACCAUCAACAGCAGCAGCAACAACAACAGCAACGGGAAUCUUGUCGACAUGGCCGCGGCAAGUGUGAUGGAAUCGUGCCCGGAAUCGUUCCUCCGUACGUUCAGCAACCGUUCCAACCAACCCAGCUACCCGAUACCGUCGAUUACAGCCAGCAGAUACAUCAUCCAACGGCUUACUACUACCACGGAAGUUACUACAGCACUCCUUCCCAUCCGCAUCAGCAUCUUCCGCAGCAGCAUUACGCCACACCGAUUGCAUACGCACCGGUUCCAGUGUACCACGACGGGUAUCUGCAUCCAGCGCACUAUCCCCACAUCAGCUAUCCACCGGUGACCGCCAUGCCACCCCGGGAACCAACACCACCCUCACCGACCACCUCGUCCACACCGCUGUGGUUGCUGUUCUGCCAGAAGCUGUCCCGCAAGUUCCCCGAUCGUAGCAAAAAGUCUUCCCCGGCCAAGGGUGGCCAUCGAUCGCCAAGCAAAAACUUUGCCCACCAUCAUAUGCGCCACAAUCCGACCACGGUUGGGCCGACGCUUGGAGCUCCGAUCGCACCGACUACUACCGUUGCGCCCGAUUACUAUCCACCAAAGUACGCCACGAUUGAUCCGCAGAUGCAGUACCAUCAUCACCAGCAUCAUCGACAGGCAGUGGCAGCGCAGACCUACGGACGAGCGGUUGGCAUUACGCAGCAGGCAACGCCUUACUACGGACACGUGGCGCCUGCAACCACACCGAUCAACGAUGUCGCAAUGUACUACGUGCAACCGGCGACAGUUAACGCUUAACGGGAAUAAGGAGUUUGGACUGUAUUAUUGACAAAGAGCUAGAGGCUUUCUGAUCAUGUUUUAAGUAUUUAGAGAUAUUAUUAAACUAUUGUGAUUGGGGAUAAUUUAUGUAAAACAAUUUUGUAACACAAAAAAUGGACAAACGUAAUAAAACGAAUGAAGGGUAAA